UUACAGACAUUCUCAUCAGCUUGGAUCAUGCGAGCGGAAGGCCCUUUACGUCGCUUCUGGACAGCGCUGACGAGGAAGAAACAGAAUGAAGACGACGGUUCCGACUCGAAGCUGGCCCGCGUCCUGACGCUACUCGAUCUGACCGGGCUCGGUGUGGGCAGUACGCUCGGGCUCGGUGUGUACGUUCUGGCCGGUUCGGUAGCACGCGAACAGGCCGGCCCGGCAGUGGUUGUCUCGUUCCUGGUGGCGGCCGUUGCUUCCGCCAUCGCCGCCCUGUGCUAUGCCGAGUUUGCGGCACGUGUGCCGAAAGCUGGAUCCGCCUACGUCUACAGUUACGUGAGCAUUGGCGAGUUUACCGCAUUCACAAUCGGUUGGAAUCUGAUCUUGGAGUACGUGAUCGGCACGUCCAGUGUGGCCCGUGGUAUGAGCGGCUACAUUGACUCGCUGGUCGACAACAAAAUCAGUAAAGCGAUGCGCGACGCAAUGCCGAUCGACGUCGACUUCCUGUCGGACUAUCCGGACUUUUUCUCCUUCAUCGUUGUGCUGAUUUUGGCCGGACUGCUAGCGUACGGUGUGAAGGAAUCGACGCUGAUGAACAACAUCUUCACCGGAGUUAAUCUGAUCGUGAUCGGUAUUGUACUUGUGGCGGGAGGCAUCAACUGUGAUCCGGACAAUUGGACCAUCGAUCCUAAGGAUAUACCGGAGGGAUAUAACGGUGGUGCGGGCGGAUUUGCACCGUUCGGGUUUGCCGGCAUCAUGGCCGGUGCUGCCAAAUGUUUUUACGGGUUCGUCGGAUUUGAUUGUAUCGCUACGACCGGCGAGGAAGCUAAAAACCCGGAACGCAACAUCCCACUCGCUAUCGUGAUCUCACUCAUCAUCAUUUUCCUCGCGUACUUUGGCAUUUCGACGGUGCUGACGAUGGCAUUGCCGUACUAUCUGCAAGACCCAGAAGCACCCUUCCCACAUUUGUUCGAAUCGAUCGGAUGGCACGCUAUUAAAUGGAUCGUGUCGAUUGGAGCGAUCUUUGCGCUCUGUACCAGCUUGCUUGGUGCAAUGUUCCCGCUACCUCGCGUACUGUACGCCAUGUCCUCGGAUGGGAUCAUCUACAAGAAGCUUCAGACUGUGCAUCCGAAAACGCAAACGCCCGUGCUAGCUACCAUGCUGUCGGGGCUGCUGGCAGCCAUUAUGGCGGCACUGUUUAAUCUGCAGCAGCUGAUCGAUAUGAUGUCCAUUGGUACGUUGCUGGCCUACACGAUCGUCGCUGUGAGUGUGCUGGUUCUGCGCUACCAGACGGAGGAAUUGCUAAAUAGCUCAGAAAUCAGUGUGACUGUGCCUGAGGUCAUACGACAGCUUGUGAACCGGGAACGCCACGAAGCACCAACGAAACUCUCAUCGGCGGUGGUUAAGUUUAGUGUUUGUGUUUUUGCCGUGUUCGUCUGCGGUGCUUGUGGUAUUCUAGUCCCGGCAGAGGACUACAUUAACGCUGACUAUCCAGGCGUCAUCGUCGGACUGGCGGUGCUCGUCGCCCUUCUCGUUCUACUGUUCAUCAUCAUUUCCCUGCAGCCAACGGACAGCAUAAAGCUUACGUUCAAAGUGCCACUAGUGCCUCUGCUGCCACUGAUUAGUGUGUUCUUCAAUCUGUACCUCAUGUUCCAGCUCGACUCCGGUACCUGGAUUCGUUUCAGCGUUUGGAUUGCGGUCGGAUACUUUAUCUACUUCAGCUACGGCAUACGCCACUCGAUCGAAGGUGAACGGUUGCUCACAAAGGCUGAGCUUGCCGCAUCAAAGGCAAACGGUAUCGACAACACCGGUUACGAUGGUGCUUCGGAUGUGAUAGGCCGAAAGGAUUCGCGAGACGCUCCAACGUACGCAAUUGCGAACGAGUCAACGUAG